CAGGGGAAAGUGGGGGUGUGGCUGAGAGGAAGUGGGGUAACAAAGGGGAGGUGCUGCGGUGUCCCCAGUGUUCUGUUUCUCUAAGCAUGUUCAUAUGUGUAAACCACUGAGAUUUUUUUUCUUGGGGGGAAGAUAUUUUUAUCUAUAUGACUUAUAUUUCUCCCAAAACUAUUUCUAGAAAACUGACAUCGGUCUAAGGAGGCUCCACCACACAGGAUACUCCCAGUUCCUCCCAGCCCAGCCACACAGUUACAAAAAAUCUUCUGUUGAAUUCAGGGGCACGUUUCUUCUGUCAUGAAAUCCUGCCCGUCGCUGAGGGUGGACGCCCCAGGGCUGGUGUCCUCGCUCCACAUCUCCUGUUCACCUGGACCCCCGGGAGCAGAGCCUGCAGAAGCAAAGCCCCGGGGCCGGCAGACCCCUUAUGUUCUGGAGUAACCAGGGAAGUGUGGCUGAGCGAGAUAUCGGUGGUGAAGAAAUCCUUCGUGGCGCUGAGACAGCAGUGAGGAAAGGAGAAGUAUCUUCCCUUUUGAAAUCUGCCCCUUCCCUUCUGGAUUUCCUCCCUUCCAAACCCCACAGUACCACAAUCACAGUCUCAGUUUCCCAGACCUCCUGCGAGUCAGGCUCUCCUCUGUGUCCUUGGCGUGUAUCAACAGGUGAAAUCCCCACCUCCACAGGCCCGUGUCCCUCUGCUCGGUCCCCCUGAGACUGAAUCCCCGACCUAGAGGAGAGUGACCCCAUCCUGCCUGUGCCCCCCACUGAAGCUCCUGCUGUGGACAGCUCAGAAGUCAGGAGCCUCAGUGUCUCUCCUCUGCACAGUGACUCCCUGGGGACAGCGUCCGGCUCUGCUGUGUUGACCUCAUUGUGCAGAAAGGGGGUGCCCACCUCGCACCUGCUGGCAGGGGGAAUGAGAGGCUGCCUGCUCACCCCACCUGCACCCCUGUCUCUCAUGGCCCCGAGUCCCACCUCUGAGCUACGCAGACAUCCACGGCCUGUGACUCAGGGGUCUGGCCAGAUGGGACUCAUUUUCACCCUGCAGAAAAUGUCACCUAAGGGGAAGAGCAUUGAGAGUCAGGCAGGAAGUGGGGUGGGCCCUGCAUAGGGUGGGAAUCUGGGUGAGUCUGUCUCCUGCUCUGGCCUCAGGGACCCAGGAGUGAACAUGGGGUGGGGGAUGGUGGAUCUCCCAGGGCUGACCCAGGCCUGACAGUGUCUGGGUGUGAAGUUCCUCCUCUGGGGAGGUCACUGUUCUGACCUCACCCCUGUCUUCCUGUGGGGCCUCCUCUAAGUCUUGAGCCCUCACUUCCUGAGAGAAGAACCCUGAGGAACAGACGUUCCCUGGCGGCCCUGGCACCUCCAACCCCAGACAUGCUGCUGCUGCUGCUGCUGCCCCUGCUCUGGGGGAGGGAGAGGGUGGAGGGACAGAGGAAUAACCGGAAGGAUUACCCACUGACGAUGCAGGGGUCUGCGACGGUGCAGGAGGGCCUGUGUGUCCAUGUGCUGUGCUCCUUCUCCUACCCCAGGUUUGGCUGGAUUACCUCUGACCCAGUUCAUGGCUACUGGUUCCAGGCAGGGGCCGAUACAGACCGGGACGCUCCAGUGGCCACAAACAACCCAGCUCGGGCAGCGCGGGAGGAGACUCGGGACCGAUUCCACCUCCUUGGGGACCCACAGACCAAGAAUUGCACCCUGAGCAUCAGAGAUGCCAGAAGCAGUGAUGCAGGGACGUACUUCUUUCGUGUGGAGACAGGAAAGACAAAAUGGAAUUAUAAGUAUGUCCCGCUCUCUGUGCGUGUGACAGCCCUGACACACAGGCCCAACAUCCUCAUCCCAGGCACCCUAGAGUCCGGCUGCCCCCAGAAUCUGACCUGCUCUGUGCCCUGGGCCUGUGAGCAGGGGACACCCCCUAUGAUCUCCUGGAUGGGGACCUCCGUGUCUCCCCUGGACCCCUCCACCACCCGCUCCUCGGUGCUCACCCUCAUCCCACAGCCCCAGGACCACGGCACCAGCCUCACCUGUCAGGUGACCUUCCCUGGGGCCAGUGUAACCACGAACAAGACCAUCCACCUCAACGUGUCCUACCCCCCUCAGAACUUGACCAUGACUGUCUUCCAAGGAAAUGGCACAGUAUCCAUAGUCCUGGGAAAUGGCUCAUCUCUUUCAGUCCCAGAGGGCCAGUCUCUGCGCCUGGUCUGUGCAGUUGACAGCAAUCCGCCUGCCAGGCUGAGCCUGAGCUGGGGAGGCCUGACCCUGUGCCCUUCACAGCCCUCAAGCCCGGGGGUGCUGGAGCUGCCUCGGGUGCACCUGAGGGAUGAAGAGGAAUUCACCUGCAGAGCUCAGAACCUUCUGGGCUCUCAGCAGGUCUCCCUGAACGUCUCCCUGCAGAGCAAAGCCACAUCGGGACUGACUCAGGGGGCAGUCGGAGCUGGAGCCACAGCCCUGGUCUUCCUGUCCUUCUGCGUCAUCUUCGUUGUAGUGAGGUCCUGCAGGAAGAAAUCAGCAAGGCCAGUCGCGGGCGUGGGGGAUACAGGCAUAGAGGAUGCAAACGCCGUCAGGGGCUCAGCCUCUCAGGGGUCCCUGACUGAACCCUGGGCAGAAGACAGUCCCCCAGACCAGCCUCCCCCAGCUUCUGCCCGCUCCUCGGUGGGGGAAGAAGAGCUCCAGUAUGCAUCCCUCAGCUUCCAGACGGUGAAGCCUCGGGACUUGCAGGGACAGGAGGCCACUAACACCGAGUACUCGGAGAUCAAGAUCCACAAAUGAGAAACUGCAGAGACUCAGCCUGAUUGAGCGAUCACAGCCCCUCCAGGCAAGGGAGAAGUCAGAGGCUGGUUCUUGUAGAAUUAACAGCCCUCAAAGUGAUGAGCUAGGCACAUAGUGAAAAGCACACAGGCUUUGGAGUCAAAGUAUCUCCAACCUGAAUCUACACUGUGCCGUCUUUUUAUUUUUUUGACAAAAAGACAAAUUCCUACCUCUCUGUACCUUGGUUUCCUGCUCUGGAAAACAGGAAUGAGAAGCGCUACUUGCAAGGUUGUGGUGAUCAUUCCAGGAGCCACAUCCCAUCAGAGCUCCUGGCACAGGUGUAUGCUGAGCACUGAUGAAUCGCUGUGCUUUGAACACAAAGGUCCUGCUGGGAACCUCUCCUGAUUCUGGUGGCAACUGGUACCUAUAUGUCUGUGUCACUUGCCUGCAAAAUAGUGCAGGCAAUUUUCCAGGAAAUGACCUCAGCCUGCAAAUCAGGUCUGGGUAGCAUCUGGAUCCUGCCCACCUCUUCGGCCUCAUCUCCCCUCCUUGUGACUGCUAGGCCUCCUUGCUCUCUGUAGUCUACGUGUUGUGCACAGUCCAGUGGGAGUCUUUAGGACACACUGAGCUCUCUCUGCGCUGCUCACAGCCCAUCCAUGGCUCCUGCAUCCUGAACCUCCAAUCACAUCCUCUUCAUGGCAUCACUUUCCGACCUCAGUCCACUCCUCCAUCCUCACCACUUAACCCACUGGUCCCUCUGGCCUUUUCCAAAUCAUUUGCAACAUGUCCUGUUGGUUCAUACCUCAGUCCUUGAACACUGGGGACCCUCCUCCUAGAAUGCCCUCCUCCUGGGCCUUCAUCUGCCUCCGUCUUUGAAAAUGGAGUUCAAGGAUUGGACUUCUGGGUUGAGCUGAGGGAGAGAGUGAAGCAGCAGCUCAUGAUCUCCCUCCUUUAAAGCCAAACCCAGGGAAUGAGAAACGUUUCCAAAGGGUCAAAGGAUCAUCUGGCAAAUUAAA